AAAAAUAGAAAUUUCGAAACAGAAUUGUGAAAAAACCAGAACAUGCCAUUCUUCCCCAUAUGGCAGCUUCUUCCUGGCACUUCACCAAAAAAAUCAACCGCUACAACUACAAGCUCCUCACUCUCUCUCUCCUCCUCCUCUCUCUCUUCUGCUUCCUCCUCUUCAACAGAAGCGCUCUCGACCCCAAACUCAGAGAUCUCUCCGGAACCCCCGCUCCACUCCCCGUCUCGAGAUCCUCUCUCUUCCACGACGAAUUCGAUGAUACAAGACAACCCAUUUCAGUUUCCUCUAAUCUCGAACAAAAUGUCACAGCCGCUUCUAAAUUUCCGGAACCCCUUUCAUCAAAAUCUGAUCUUGAUGACGAACCUACGAACAAAACCCCAGAGCCUUCCGUUGCAUCGGAGCCCGAAUCGGAAGAGGAUUCCAGUGAGAGAAAAAGCGAGCCCGCGUCGAAUGAGGAAAAUGAUGUUCACAUCUCAUCAAAUUCUAAUCUUGACGACGAAGCUCCACAGAAAACUUCGGAGGCGUUGGAUCCAUCGAAGUCCGAGCUGUCGGACGAGGAAAAAAUAACUUUGAUUUCGUCGGAGUCGGAUUCCGAUGAUAAAAACAGCACGGAAUGGGAAGAAAGUGGUGAAAAGAUGGAGUUUCUGAAGGAGGGUGCUUCAUCAAAUGCUGAAACUGGUGGUUACAUUGAUAAUGCGGUGGCGGAGAAGCUGCGGAAUUGUGAUAUGUACAGUGGGAAAUGGGUGAAAGAUGAAGGGUAUCCGCUGUAUAGAGCGGGCUCUUGUCCGUACGUGGAUGAGGCUUUCGAUUGUCAGAGCAAUGGGAGGCCGGAUUCUGGGUAUACGCAAUGGAGAUGGAAGCCACAUGGAUGUGAACUUCCCAGGUUUAAUGCGACAGACUUCUUGGUGAGAAUCAGAGGAAAGAGGCUUAUGCUGGUUGGAGACUCUAUGAACCGGAACCAGUUUGAAUCUCUGCUGUGUCUUCUGCGUGAAGGUCUUCCGGAUAAGACCAAAAUGUAUGAAACUCGUGGGAAUAAAAUAACAAAAGGAAGGGGAUAUUUCAUUUUCAAAUUUGAGGACUACAACUGCACUGUGGAAUUUGUCCGGUCCCAUUUCCUUGUCAGGGAAGGGGUUCGUAAGAAUGCACAAGGAAAUUCCAACCCGACUCUAUCCAUUGACCGUAUUGACAAGACAGCUGCUCGUUGGCUGAGAGCAGAUAUACUCGUGUUCAACACAGGGCACUGGUGGACCCAUGGGAAGACGUCUAGGGGGAAAAACUACUAUAAAGAAGGCGACUACAUCUAUCCUAAAUUUGAUGCUGUGGAGGCAUAUAGGAGAGCCAUCAAGACCUGGGCGACGUGGAUCAAGAACAAAAUGAGCCGUCAAAAGCUGGUUUUCUAUCGUGGCUACUCGUCUGCUCAUUUCAGAGGCGGAGACUGGGAUUCCGGUGGAUCAUGCAACGGAGAGACUGAACCGGUAGUGCAAGGGGCUAUCAUCGACAACUACCCUCAGAAGAUGACGAUUGUGGAGGAAAUCCUCAAGGAGACGAAGGUGCAAGCGGUGUUGCUCAACGUUACACGCCUGACCAAUUUCCGCAAGGAUGGACACCCCUCCGUUUAUGGAAAGAACGUGACCGGACUCAAGAAGGUCUCUACUAGAAGGCAAGACUGUAGCCAUUGGUGUCUUCCCGGAGUGCCCGAUGCCUGGAACGAGCUCAUUUAUGCUACAUUGGUAGCCACCCAAACUUAAGUCACAUAAUCUUGUACCCAUUUUGAUACAAGGAAGACGAGCAAGACUGUAGAUUCAUAAUAUAAUCCCACUUUGUAUUAUGUAGUAUACGGCCAAGAGUAAUUAGUUUUGGUGAUUCAUUCCGUGCAGAGAUUUGAAUUUUGAGUCUCGUUGCCAAGCUAUGUGGGGAUGAGCAUAAAUCUAAAAUUAGUACUUUUCCAUCCAUUUGAAACA